AUGAACCGCAGGAUUGCAACUUUACAUUCAUCGGAUAAAAAAAAAGGAACCCGAAGUAAUAGUCCGUCUAGUGAUGAUGAGAAACAAGGGUUUUUUGUCGGUGGCAGCGGACAAAGUGGGAAUUUAGUGCUCGGAUCAGAUAGUUCACGUAGUGAAGACUUUGUUUCACAGUUCUUCAAGUCAGUCCGUGCACAUGGUGCCGAACCUCUGACAGACGAAGAGAAUCUCAGACUAGGAACUCAUGAUGCAAUAAAGCUUGCUCCAAGGAAGAAAGGCUAUAAUAUGCCAGAUGGUACAGAGCAGUCUGAUUUGCUUCAGUCGACGGAACCUCUUGAAAUACAAGAAGUGGCAGUUGCCAUGUGGGAAAAUGGAUUUACUGUAGAUGAUGGUCCACUUCGACUCUAUAGCGACACGCUAAAUCAUCCGUUUUUGCAGUCGGUUAGAGAAGGGCGCAUCCCAAUCGAGUUAAUACGGCAACACCCGGGUAAAAUUAUUGAUAUUCGAAUGGAACGUCGACGUGAAACAUAUGUAGUUAAACCUAAACCGUUUACUGGACAAGGGCAGAGGUUAGGUGAACUUGUUCCUGAAUUCGAUCAAACGGAAAAUAUGGAGCAAAAAACGAGUAGUUGUGCUAAUCUAGCGAAGAGUCCACGUGUAGAUUCUGAAUCUGUUAAGAAAGCGCAAGAAGCGAUAAAACUAGUUGAUGGAGAGCCCACUACUCAUAUCCAUAUUCGGCUACCAAGUGGCGAGCGGAUUAUGGGGCAAUUUAAUCGUAAUCAUACAGUUGGAGACAUUCGGAAUUUUCUCAUAAUCGCAGCGCCAGGUUAUGCUUUCCAGCCUUUCAGUUUUAUGACAAUCUUUCCGAGUAAAGUGAUUGAACACGAAAAUAUUUCUUUGAAAGAAGCAGGUUUAUUGAAUGCAGUUAUUAUUGUUAAACUUAUGAUAGUCUGCAGUGCUGUUAGUGGUUUGUGCUGCAUGUGCAGUUAUCGAAAGAGUGGUGCUGAGAAGUGUUCAAUUCUUUCUCUAGGCCAUGGAUUAUUCAAUCCGGAAAAGAGGUUUCCAAUGAGUUUGAAAGAAAUUCUUGGUUUGCGAAUAUGGACGAAAUUCUUCCAAAUAGUUAAAGGUUGCGGUGGAUGGAUUGGUUUUGUAAAGAAACGUUAUUUGAUGGAUGAAACAAGAAUUGGGAAAUUCAUGGGGGAAGACAAAUUCGGCAAUAAGUACUAUGAAGACAAUUCUUAUUUUAUACCCCGAAAUCGCUGGGUUGAAUAUCCAGAACAUGUUUGGCUUGAAUACGAUGCUUCUCAAAUUCCCGCUGAAUGGCAUAUGUGGUUACAUCAUAUUACCGAUGAAACUCCCGUCCAGAAUCCUCCAAAGCAGAGAAAGUGGAUGUUGGAUCAUGAAGAGACUUUAACUUUAUUGGAACUUACCCAUCAGUUCCGAUGGAAACGCGACUUUAUGUAUGUUUCCGAGGUGAAUUCCACCGAUGCCACAUGUUUUCAGGAUUGCAACAAUGAAUGGAAAAGUGUAUUUGAACGUGAGUUCAACUUAAGCACAACUGAUUUUUAUGACUUCCCAUUACAUCCUGCAGUGCUGGAUCGUACUGGGUUUGUUACCUUUUGCAAUAUAUCGGAACAACGCACUCAAUGCUACAUUAAUGAAUGUAAUGAUCAGGCCAGUUCUGAAGUACUGGAGAAAAAGACUUUCAUUUCAAUAGAAUGCAAGCCUGCAGUUCGAGUGUUUUCACCGUCAAAUUUUCUAUGCCAUUUUAAGAAGCAUCAUUUUCUGGAAGCGCGAAGCUGCCUGGAAAAGACGGAACCUUUAACAUUUCUGAAAUGCGAUCAGACAUGCCAUUUGGAAGCAUUAAAGAAUGUCGAAAACAGAGAACGAGCAUUUCCUGGCAAGGUGUUCACUAAAAAAGAAUUAAGCAAAUAUGAACGAGAACUUAGUCUACUCUGUUCUUUUCAGUUAUGUUAUUUGCAAUGCGAAGAAUUGAUAGUGAAAGGAAGCUGCGAAAGAAAAGAAGCUGAUUCAGCGCUUGCACUAAUCUCACAAUAUGUUACAUGGCAUGCAUCAGAUAUCUAUGAUUGGCACAUUCUUUCGGACUCUCUUGAUCAUUUUCCAUCAAGCUGUCAACGAUUGGUGUUAACAUUAUCCAAUUCUGACCCCGUUGUUCGCAUAAUCAGUGGCUUAUCUUAA